AGUCGACGGAGGCGAAGCGACUUGUGCGUCUCGGAUCGUUUUCCAGCAGGUGGACAUGUUGAACCCGCGCGUAAAGACGCACUGAGGACGGAUUUAAAAGUAGAUUUUCGCUUCUCCUUGCGCAGCAGCAGAAGGAGGAGAAGAUGCUGGCGAGAAAAAGCAUCAUCCCGGAGGAGUUCGGGCUGCCGGGACUCGCCUCUCGGAUGCCCCGCAAGCCGGUGUUCCGGGACCGCGUGAACAAAGCGCGCUUCAUCGCCAAGAACGGCUCGUGCAACUUGGCGCACAAGAACAUCCGCGAGCAGGGCCGCUUCCUGCAGGACGUGUUCACCACGCUGGUGGACCUGAAAUGGCGCUUCACGCUGGUCAUCUUCACCACCACGUUCGUCAGCAGCUGGCUGCUGUUCGCCAUGAGCUGGUGGCUGGUGGCGUUUGCGCACGGAGACCUGGACCCGGACCGGCAGAACGGGACCCACUGCGUCACCGACGUCAAGUCGUUCACGUCGGCCUUCCUGUUCUCCAUCGAGGUUCAGGUGACCAUCGGCUUCGGGGGACGGAUGAUAACGGAACAGUGUCCGACUGCCAUCACCGUCCUCAUCCUGCAGAACAUCGUGGGACUCAUCAUCAACGCUGUCAUGCUGGGUUGUAUCUUCAUGAAGACGGCUCAGUCGAACCGUCGCGCCGAGACGCUGAUCUUCAGCCGCCACGCCGUGAUCGCCGUCAGGAACAACCGACUGUGCUUCAUGAUUCGAAUCGGAGACCUGAGGAAGAGCAUGAUCAUCGGAGCGACUGUCCGGUUACAGGUGGUGAGGAAGACCACCACGCCGGAGGGGGAGGUGAUUCCCAUCCAUCAGAUCGACGUCCAGACGGAGAGCGCCGUCGCCAGUAACAGCCUCUUCCUGCUCGCGCCGCUCAUCAUCUGCCACGUCAUCGACAAAACCAGCCCGCUGUACGACCUGUCGGCCAUGGAGCUGCAGUGCAGCGACCUGGAGGUCAUCGUCAUCCUGGAGGGAGUCGUGGAGACGACCGGCAUCACCACGCAGGCCCGGACCUCCUACGUCUCCGAGGAGAUCCAGUGGGGCCACCGCUUCGUUCCCAUAGUAACGGAGGAGGAGGGCGUGUACUCGGUGGACUACUCCAAGUUUGGAAACACAGUGAAGGUGGCGACGCCGCGCUGCAGCGCCCGAGAGCUGGACGAGAAGCCGUCCAUCUUGAUCCAAACCCUGCAGAAGAGCGAGCUGUCGCACCAGAACUCGCUGAGGAAGCGGAACUCGAUGCGACGCAACAACUCCAUGCGUAAAGGCGCCGGGAGCAGCGGCAGCCUGCGCAGGAACAACUCCGGACUCGCCAAAGUCCAGUUCUUCACCCCGACCGAGGGAGGCCAGAGCCUGAACGCCGUCACCUGACAUGAGGCCUUGGUGCUGCUGGCCGCCCUGCUGCUCCUGCUGGGGAGGAGGACUCUGGCUCUUGGCGUCUCGGCUUCCCUGACCGGACUCGUUCUUUCUCUGUUCCCCGCAUUACUUAGACUCGUGCUGCGACACGUCUACUGCUAACGUUAGCCGUGUUCACCUGCACGGAGGCGUGUGGUUGUUUUCCAGAUUGAACCGCUGAUUUCCUGCAGCUCCAGUUAAACCCGUUAGCAGAACGUUUCUGUGCACCGACUGAAACCCACAACAUGAAUAACAACCAGAGAACAACCGGCUCCUCAGCAAAGACACCCAAACACAUUUAGGCGGCAUUUUCUCAAAGCAACGUCGAGUGAAUGAUUAUUGUUUGUGGCCAGAAAUCUUUCUUUACAUGUUCACAGUGUCGACAACACGUAGCACUUCAUCCUCUGAGACCUUUAAUCUGAUUAAAGACAAACUCUGCAGCACUUUUCCAACAUUAAAGACAUUUACAUGGUUUGACUUUGACGUCGUCGGAUGCGAGACAAUCGAUUAAACUGUUAAAGAUUUUCCUUUAAUCAGCUAUUAAGCAAAAACCUCCAAACAUCUCUGAUGAUUUGUUGCUUUUCUUCUCCACUAAAUUAAAUAUCUUUCACUUUUGCGUAACUCAGCAA